AGCAGGAAUAUUGCACCCUGUUUAUAUUCUCUGUACUGUCGGUUCUGACUUCUAAUGUGGCAGAAGCCUGCUGGUAACCAGAGCUGCUUUCUCAUACACUGUUUCAAGAGACAGAACCAGCAGUGCACAAAGGAACAGGCACUUUCAAUAGCAAUGAUUAUUACAGAAACUGUCAAGAGAGUCUGUUCCUCCUUAUAUUUAAUGUAAUAACAAAAAAAAAAAGGGAAGUAUUCCGGGGUCCAGUGAUGUGAGAGCCUAAAAUGAGAAGUCUGGAGGGAGACAAGUCACAGAGAGAAGCAGCAGAGGAAUUACUGGUCAUACUGGUACCACCCAGGCAAAGAAGACUGAGACACGAUGAGCAGCAGUCACAUUGCCCAGUGCAGAGGCAGCCGCAAUACGUGGGAAUCCCAAAGGUCUCAGUUUCGCCACCCAGUGGAGGAGUGAGCCCUGAUCUGAACAUGUGAUCACUGUCUCCCCAUUAAGAAACAUGGAGAAUGUGACCUCAGACAUUGGGGCGAGUAAUUCCUGCACGUUCCACGAGGAGUUCAAGCAGAUUCUUCUUCCUGUGGUCUAUUCAGUUGUCCUCUUCUUCGGUCUCCCAUUGAACUUCAUUGUUAUCCUCCAGAUCUGCCUGUCCAAGAAAUCUCUGACCCGCACGGCCAUCUACACCCUGAACCUUGCGGUGGCCGACCUGCUCUACGUGUGUUCCCUCCCGCUCCUCAUUUAUAACUACAUUCAACACGACUACUGGCCCUUUGGGGACUUCACCUGCAGGUUUGUGCGCUUUCAGUUCUACACCAACCUGCACGGCAGCAUCAUGUUCCUCACUUGCAUGAGUUUCCAGAGAUACAUGGGCAUCUGCCACCCUCUGUCCGUCUGGCACAAGAAGAGAGGCAAGAAGUUCACGUGGUGGGUCUGUGCCAUUGUUUGGCUAGUGGUGGCCAUGCAGUGUGUGCCUACAUUCAUGUUUGUCUCUACUGGAAUCCAGAGGAAUCGGACUGUGUGUUAUGACCUGAGCCCUCCGGCCCUGUCCGAGCAGUAUUUUCCAUACGGAAUCACAUUGACUGUCACGGGGUUCCUGAUCCCCUUUAUUUCCAUCCUGGCCUGUUACUGCAGAAUGACCAAGAUCCUCUGCCAGAAGGAUGACCUCAAUGGAGCUCUAGUGCGGCAGAAGAAGGACAAAGCCAUCCGCAUGAUCAUCAUUGUAGUCAUGGUCUUUGCCAUCAGCUUCUUCCCUUUCCACCUCACCAAAACCAUUUACCUGGUGGUUCGCUCUCAGGACGAUGUGCCCUGCCUGGUUCUCCAGACUUUCGCCAUUGUCUACAAAUGCACCCGGCCCUUUGCCAGCAUGAACAGCGUCCUGGACCCCAUCCUUUUCUACUUCACCCAACAGAAGUUCCGCCAGAGCACCAAGGUCUUGGUCCAGAGAGUCACCUCCAAGUGGAAGUCGACCUCCUGUGAUAAAACUAAUGGCUGAUAUGGACCUUCUGAUCCUACUCACCAAUGCCCUGGAACUGGGAACCUUGUGCCUUCAAAGAGAUAUGGGGGUGACAAAUGGCACUUACUCUUGGUUUGGCUGCAAUGAGGAGGCGCCAAUGACCUUGGCUGAUGCAAGUAAAAAUGAAAUUAAGUCAAUGCAAAGUUGACGAGAGUGUUAUUCUAACCACUUUUGUAAUCCACGUUCAUUAUUUAUUUUGUUUUAAUUCCAAGAUAUUAAGGGAU